GCGUACGCUUGCCUUACCGAAUCUUCGUUGAGUUUUGUUAUUUAGACCAUGAAUUAAUCGGAGUUUGAGGUAAGAUACUGAUAACGAUGUAAUUGCACAUGUUUGCGCCCCUAGUUCUUAUCCGUUUGAGGGGCAUAUUCGUGUGUUGUGGCCUAUUUUAUGCUAGGUUGUGUUCCUUUGUCCCAUUUCAGGUCCUAGCACAUAAAGUGAAGCAUAGGCGCAAGUUUCAAGUCAAUCAGAGAUCAAUUGACGAUUCGAGAGAGGAAACUCGGGCAUGACCUGAAGAAGAAUGGAUUUCUACCUCACUUUAUGGACAAAGAAGCGUGCAAGCUUGUUAUGAAACGAAAGAGGACGAGACUACGAGCGUCUGGGAUCAAACGGCAACUGAUUCGGAGUCCGGACGAGGGAGAAACCAAGCAUUAAACAGAGGCUGAGCAAGCUGCACGGGCAGACCAGGGAGGCUGCACGGCCGUGCACGUGAGCAAUAUGGCCGUGCGCCUUAUGCCGAGGAUACGCACGGGCAACCCCUGAAGCUUGCACGGCCGUGCACCCUGGCCGUGCGAGAGGGCUGAAGUUCGACUAAAUGACACGCUGCGUUUUGAGUUGCACGGCCAGAAUGGUGAUAUGCACGGCCGUGCACCCUGGCCGUGCGAGUCGGGAUUUCCUGGUUUUAAGCCAAAUUCCGAACCAAAGAAGAGGAGAGCUGGGUUUUGGAUCCCAAACACCCAAGGGACGAACCAAAGAGAGAGAGGGCGAUUUGAGGGCAUUCUUGGAGUGGAGUUGGAGGAUUUCUUCGCCUUGGAAGCUCGAGGAACAAGCCCGGACUUGAAGACUGAUCAUCUGAAGAUUCUUACUGCAGUCUCUCUCUUCUCUAUGGAGUAACUUCCCUUCACUUAGGUUUUGAGGAACCCUAGCUAUGUUUGUUUGAUUGGAUGAUUGUAUGAGUACUCUGACUGGAUAAUCUUGAGUUCAUAUUCAAUCUAUGCAUGUUUUCAUGAUUCAAUUCUGCUUUAGUCGAGAUUAUUGAUUCUGCUUUGAUUCUAUGAGAGGGAAUACCUGAUUAGGUCAAUAGAGCACCAUAGAUUGAUAGUAGUGGAUCGAUUGCUUUAGUCGAGGGUUGAUUCACUGCUUUGUAUCGAUUGAGAACCUCUUUCGAUAGAGGGAGUCUAGUUCAGAACGCCUUGAUCAGUUGUUCUAGAGAAGGAUACGUCCCUCUAGACAAUUGACUCAAGAGGGCCUUGUUCCUUUAGUCGAGACUCAAGGUCUAGUCAAGGAUUCUCCGCAUUGUGAAUGAAAGUGAAACAGGUUAGAGAUCAUCAAUCAUUAAUCUGGCUAGUGGCUAGGGGGAAUCAUACCUAAGUGAGUUCCCAACCUGUAAUUAGAUUAACUUUAACUGUAGUUUGCUAGAGUAGUUUUAGUUCUUUCAUCUUAAUCUGGUUUGCUAAAUAAUAAACUGAAGCUGAGUAAUAGUAACUCUAGAGACCCGUGGAUUCGAUAUUUAUCACUUGAGCCACUAUACUGCAGUCCCUUCCAUUGGUUACACUUGGCCAUUGUUAGGUGUUGUGUCAUAGCGAGUCAAGUUUUUGGCGCCGUUGCCGGGGACUUUCUAGAGUAUUAGGAAAGGCAGAAGUUUGUUACUUUAGCGUUUUUCUUUUCUUUUCCACCCUUGCUUUUCACUUGGGUGUUUUUGUUUUUGUUGGUGCAGAUCUGAAUCAUGGAUCCUAAUGGCUUCUCCAAUCAUUGGGGGUAUCCACCACCAUCUGGGUGGUAUUACCCCGAGACUCCCUGGAGCAAUCAAGGCGGAGAAGACUAUGGAUUCGGGUUCCAGUACCAACCCCCCUACUACGGAGAACAACCGGACCCGUGGGCAUAUCAAGAACAACCUCAUUAUCAAGAAGAAUUUCUCCCACAACCAGAAGGGCCAUCGGCGCUGGAGUUACUCAUGGAGCAGUUUGCUCGAGACUGUGAGAGAACAUGCUCCAGGAUGGAUCAGUGUGUCCAGGCCUAUCGUGAAACAGAUGAGAUCCUCCUGAGCCUUAAGAAGAGCGUCGAUGAUCUUGAGCGAUCUUGGGCGCAACCUGCUCCAGAUCACCCUUCUGCUACCAUACAAGAAGAUGAGGAGGAAGAAGAAGGCUACAAGGACAUUGUGGAGCACACUGAAGUUGUCACGGAGAGCUCCCGUGAUGAUCAUGAUCAGGAGUGUCCUGUCGUAGCCGACCACACCUUCCCACACCCCAAACUGAGCUUUGAAGAGGCGGGCAUGAGUGAGGAGAUGCAAGAAGAUCUCAUGAAAGAAAUUGCUUGGCAACUUGCUCUCCAAUCCGUGCUAGAAGAAGAAGAGCAAGAAAGGGUGCAGAAAGAAGUUGUGGAGGAUGGCGAAAGUGAAGCUGGAGAAGUUCUUGAUCAUUUCCCAGGGGUGAUACCACAUGAAGAAGGAAGGGAGGUUAAAGAAGCAAUUGGUGUCCAAGCUGAGGAUGAAGCUGAGGUGGAAGAGGCCUGCACCGGCCAUGAGUUACAUGUAAUAUCUCCACCAAACUUCGAGGAGCUGCUUGGCAAGGACCCAUUUGCAGUCUCUCUUUGCCAGACCAAGGCCACAUCGACAUCGGUCCCUCUUGGUGGACGCGAUGGUGGCCAAUCGAUGUUGUCAUAUCUGGUUUGGGGCAAUGAGACGAGAGAAGAGAAGAAGAGGUCUCGAGGGUGGAGACUUCAUCUGCAUCAAGUACAUGAGCCUUCAUCACCUGCCACACCACAUGCUCAUGACUUGAGACUCCACCUCAUCGACGAGAACCUCAACUUCAAGGAGGUUCUAGCAUGGACCGAAACUUAGGAGCCAUCGUCCGGCUCACGACGUGAAAGAAGCGCUUGUUGGGAGGCAACCCAACCAGUCGGUUUGCAUUUCUUUCUCUUUUUCUCCUCGGUUGAGUCAGUUUUGUUAUUUGAUUUUAGAGUCAAUAACUCAACCUUUGUGAGAUUUUGUGUGGUGUUUGUGUUCUGAUUACUCUCUCUUCCUGGACUGCACUGCCUGACCCGUACAUCAUCAUUCACCCUUGAUCUGGUAACUUUGUUCAACCCUCCUUAUCUUUCCUCCAUUGAGGACAAUGUCGUGCUUAAGUGUGGGGGGGUGUUCGAUCAUGUAUGCGGGUGAAUGUUUGGCUGUUUGUGUGCUUGGAGCCUAGUCCACUGUCCAAAUUUUUAAAUUUGAGGGCUCCAAGUACGUGUUUCCUUGCAAUUGCCUGCUCAGUAUGCUUUGAAUUGACAGUCUUUAUAGUAAUAUGCAACCUAGGGAGGUAGUGUAGCACUAUGGAGGAUGUUGAUGCAUUUAAGAAGUCUCGUUUCUUCUUCAUAUUGUGUUGGUUGAUUGAGUGAAUUAGUGAUCUUAGGACCCUUGAAUUGUGUGGUGUUGUGGAUUCUCUACCUGUCAUGGACUCUUGUAUCAUGUUUUGAAAGUAACAGGUGCUCGAAAAUGUGCUUCAAAAUAACGUCUCCCGUGCGAAUAGGGCGAAAGUGUGUAAGGGGAGACGGGAAUUCGUUCCCAAUUUCCACCUACUACCUCCAGCCCCCUUACAUGUCUUUCCCCCGCACGAGGCUCGAGACAUCCGCUCCUGGCAUGGCCGGUAAGAGCAGGUUGGGACCCUUGAAAGAAAAAAAAAGGGAAAAAAAUAACAGAAAACAAGCAAAACAGAAAGAAAAGGGGUUCCAACCAUCUUCAAGAAGAAAAUAGAGCACCUUGAAAAAUGUGAGUCCAUGAUCCUUUGUUUUUGAGAAUCUCUGCAUCCACAAUUCAUUUGUCCUCUGUUCACUAUUUGCCAUGAUGCUGACUCGAUACUAGUGCUCUCGCCGAAGAAGCUAUGAGAUGACUUGUGUGUCGGUUGACCUCGUAAGUUGCUAAAUGAUCUAGGAAGUCCUCUACCUACGAUCUGGGGUGUUUGUUGCUAUAGAGGUCUGAAGAGUUGCAUUGGUUUGAGUUAGGUUUGCUUGGGGACAAGCAAACGGUUAAGUGUGGGGGAGUUUGAUAACGAUGUAAUUGCACAUGUUUGCGCCCCUAGUUCUUAUCCGUUUGAGGGGCAUAUUCGUGUGUUGUGGCCUAUUUUAUGCUAGGUUGUGUUCCUUUGUCCCAUUUCAGGUCCUAGCACAUAAAGUGAAGCAUAGGCGCAAGUUUCAAGUCAAUCAGAGAUCAAUUGACGAUUCGAGAGAGGAAACUCGGGCAUGACCUGAAGAAGAAUGGAUUUCUUUCUACCUCACUUUAUGGACAAAGAAGCGUGCAAGCUUGUUAUGAAACGAAAGAGGACGAGACUACGAGCGUCUGGGAUCAAACGGCAACUGAUUCGGAGUCCGGACGAGGGAGAAACGAAGCAUUAAACAGAGGCUGAGCAAGCUGCACGGGCAGACCAGGGAGGCUGCACGGCCGUGCACGUGAGCAAUAUGGCCGUGUGCCUUAUGCCGAGGAUACGCACGGGCAACCCCUGAAGCUUGCACGGCCGUGCACCCUGGCCGUGCGAGAGGGCUGAAGUUCGACUAAAUGACACGCUGCGUUUUGAGUUGCACGGCCAGAAUGGUGAUAUGCACGGCCGUGCACCCUGGCCGUGCGAGUCGGGAUUUCCUGGUUUUAAGCCAAAUUCCGAACCAAAGAAGAGGAGAGCUGGGUUUUGGAUCCCAAACACCCAAGGGACGAACCAAAGAGAGAGAGGGCGAUUUGAGGGCAUUCUUGGAGUGGAGUUGGAGGAUUUCUUCGCCUUGGAAGCUCGAGGAACAAGCCCGGACUUGAAGACUGAUCAUCUGAAGAUUCUUACUGCAGUCUCUCUCUUCUCUAUGGAGUAACUUCCCUUCACUUAGGUUUUGAGGAACCCUAGCUAUGUUUGUUUGAUUGGAUGAUUGUAUGAGUACUCUGACUGGAUAAUCUUGAGUUCAUAUUCAAUCUAUGCAUGUUUUCAUGAUUCAAUUCUGCUUUAGUCGAGAUUAUUGAUUCUGCUUUGAUUCUAUGAGAGGGAAUACCUGAUUAGGUCAAUAGAGCACCAUAGAUUGAUAGUAGUGGAUCGAUUGCUUUAGUCGAGGGUUGAUUCACUGCUUUGUAUCGAUUGAGAACCUCUUUCGAUAGAGGGAGUCUAGUUCAGAACGCCUUGAUCAGUUGUUCUAGAGAAGGAUACGUCCCUCUAGACAAUUGACUCAAGAGGGCCUUGUUCCUUUAGUCGAGACUCAAGGUCUAGUCAAGGAUUCUCCGCAUUGUGAAUGAAAGUGAAACAGGUUAGAGAUCAUCAAUCAUUAAUCUGGCUAGUGGCUAGGGGGAAUCAUACCUAAGUGAGUUCCCAACCUGUAAUUAGAUUAACUUUAACUGUAGUUUGCUAGAGUAGUUUUAGUUCUUUCAUCUUAAUCUGGUUUGCUAAAUAAUAAACUGAAGCUGAGUAAUAGUAACUCUAGAGACCCGUGGAUUCGAUAUUUAUCACUUGAGCCACUAUACUGCAGUCCCUUCCAUUGGUUACACUUGGCCAUUGUUAGGUGUUGUGUCAUAGCGAGUCAGAUACUAUACCCUAAUCUCUAAUGGAAGAACCCCAGCCCGCAAUUCUCUAACCUAAACCAUAAGAUUUUUUUAAUCUUAAAUAAAUUUCAAUGGUUCGU